GGUACAGCUGAUUGGCGGUUUUGUUGUUGGAAAAGUGAGUACGAAUAUUAUUUAAACAAAUUUCCUGAUUUCCCAGAAGUUUUUUCCAUCCUAGAAACUUUUUUCGGAAGUGUCAUGAAAGUGUGAAGAUUUUUCGUUCAGAAAUACCGGUGAAUUUUGUUUCGGGAGUGUCCUAUAUUUACGCAACACGUGUGCCGCUAAAUUUCCUAACGAUUUUUAGACCAACCCGUUUAUAUUAUUUCCCGAGACGAUAACAACUUUAUUUAUUGAAAAAAUUCAGCAAGGUGGAAAUUACAAGUCGUAAAUUUGUGAUUCAAUGCGUGUGUAAAAUCAUUGCAAAAAUAAGGUUAUAAUUGAGUUAAACCGUUCGAAAAGUGUUUUGAUUAGUUUGUUGACAUUUUCGGAUAUCGUGGGUGGAACGAUACCCGGAUAUUUCAAGAGAAAAAUAUCCAUUUGUAUUUCUAUUCUGGGUGACUCACGAAGUUAAUUAUAUGAUUGUGUGAGUGAGUGCGUGAUUAUCGGUGAGGAUCAGGGGAGAAGCGACGGCCGGGCUGCAAAUUCGGUGCGACAUCAGAUAAUCGUGGAGCGAAUUUCGAUUGUUGCAGUUAUGCGAAUCAUGAAGCACUAAUCGACCUUUCGCUACACGAUUCUUUACUCAGAAGAGAAAACGGUCCAACCUACUCUGCAAUUUGAAUUCAAUCGACCCGCAUUCAGCAAGCCAUUUCUUCGUCGAAUAAAUGUACAGUGCUUGACCGACACCGAUGAUGAGGAGGUGUGAUGGGUUGUCGCUGAAAUAUCAUGCGGUAAUUAUGCUGCCAAACUGAUGAUACGAGAACCGAGUAAACCGAGAUUGAUGUGAUUUUUGGGUAGCACGAAUGCUUUCCGAUGGUUUACCUAUCAGUGAUCGAGCCGCAACGAUGCAAACGCCUGGACGACUCCUGUGAUAAAUAAUCUUGAGCCAUUGCAAUGGACAUCCUCACCUACAACCACCAGGAAAUGGUCCACGUAAAACCGAGUAUCGAAGAUGAGGCUGACCUGGAAUCCCAAACUGACGAGGAUCAAGAGGAACUUGCUUCCUUAGACGAAGGUUCCCUCUGCACAAUCAGCGAGGUUGAUGCCGCUGGCGACAAGAAUUCCGCUCUUCCCUUUCGAAAAAGCCUCUUUUCAAACGUAGCACCUUACAUAGCCUUCCAAUCCUACGAGUGCAAUGGUUCAAGUAUGCCUCAAGAUAUCACGAAGCACUUAAAAUGGAGACUGAGCACCAUAACUCCCCAAUUAGUUCGCAGAACUCUAACUAACUCGGGCUACCGUCUGAUGAAAAAAACCCAGGACUGGUGUGGAACUUGGGGCAAGCACAUGAGAUCCAACUGCUUCAAAACGCUUAAAGAAUAUCAAAAGAUCAACCACUUCCCUGGAACCUUCCAAGUCGGUCGAAAGGAUCGUCUUUGGAGGAACCUCAGCAGAAUGAUGUUAAAACACAGUAAGAGAGAAUUUGGCUUCAUUCCCAGAACCUAUGUUCUUCCACAAGAUCUCCGAUGCUUCCGACAAGUUUGGGACAAGCAGGGCAGCAAAGAAAAGUGGAUCAUCAAGCCUCCAGCUUCUGCCAGAGGAACCGGAAUACGUGUCGUUCACAGAUGGGCCCAAAUUCCCAAAAAACGGCCAGUCAUCGUCCAGCAGUACUUGUCUAAACCGAUGCUCAUCGAUGGAGCCAAGUUUGAUCUCAGACUCUACGUUCUCGUCACUAGCUUCAAUCCCCUUCGCAUCUACCUCUAUCCUGAUGGCCUGGUUCGGUUUGCAUCAGUCAAGUACAUCGACGACAUCAACUGCCUCAGCGAUCGCUUCAUGCAUCUCACCAACUAUAGCAUCAACAAAUCUAGUGCCAGUUACACCGACAAUGACAGUCCUGAUUCCUGCUCCGGCCACAAGUGGACUAUCAAGACCCUCUGGUCCUACCUGGAAAAGAAGGAAGUCAAUGUUCAGAAACUGUGGUCGACUAUGAAGGACAUCGUUGUCAAGACAAUGAUCGCUGGCGAGUCUUCUAUCAACUGCCUUAGCAAAGCAAACGUCAGUUCUAGGUACUGUUGCUACGAACUCUUCGGAGUGGAUAUCCUCCUUGAUGAUAACCUCAAACCCUGGUUGUUGGAAGUGAACAUAUCACCUUCUCUGCAGUCAGCUUCGCCUUUAGAUGUUGCUGUCAAGGGUCCACUGAUCAGAAAUGUCUUUAAUAUGGCCGGGUAUCAACUGCCAGUUAGCCUUUCGCAACGUGAGAUGGAGACCCUGGGCAAGCAGUAUCAGCUUGAUCCUGUUUGCCAGGACUAUAGGCUCCAUCGAACGUCCUUGAGUUUGCAGGAAAGACAGAAACAGUAUCACUAUCUAAGUACGAGAGAUAGGGAAGAUUACUUGGACGACAUUAUCGAGGACUUGACACCUGACGAUGUCAGAACGCUUAUUGCUUAUGAAGAUGAAUUGACUCAGUUGGACAGGUUUGAGAAGAUAUUCCCCACUGCCACUAGUAAUGAGUAUUUUCAGUAUUUCGAAGCUCCAAGGUACUAUAAUAUGCUGAUUGAUGCUUGGGAUGAAAAAUACGCUGAUAAUCGAGAAGAGGGUAUCACUCGAUUACAGAAACUCUGCAAGACGAAGUACCAUUUGGAGCAGAAUGUUUAGCUGAAUCACUGCCCUGAUGAUCAGUCAAUUACUGAUAGUUAGCUAGGAUUUGAACAAAUUUUCACUAUUUUUAAAUCGUUCAUUUUUUACGGACUUUGUCAGUGAGAUGUUCGAUUUUUUUCUGAAUUUGAGGCUGAGAGAUAAUGCUGUAGUAAUUGGUGUUCGAAUAGUUUAAAUGAAAACUUAGGCUAACGGAUUAUAGAUGACUUGAUAAUCAAAUUUUACUUCCCAUCAUCAUCUGUGUAGUUAAAUUUUUUUAAGGCGGAGUAUUCUUAAAAUGAGGAUUUUAAUCUUGUAUAUUUCGAUUCUAGUUCAAUUUCGGAGUUAUUUAAGUUUGUAAUUAAUAAAAAUCUAGAAGGCUUCCAAAUGUGGAUGCAUCUUCUUGGUCUCGAUCGAAUUAUUUCCCUUGAGAUUUAUAUUUUUAUAUGGCUUUAUUUUUUAAAUUACUUUACUAUUAAAAAAGAGAAUACUCGUACACAAUUUACUGAUGUAUUUAUUUAUAAUAAUCAAAUGCGGCCUUUUUGAGAAAACUUUUUUAUUUAAAUAUUAUUUUAAAUGCCAUCAAUAGUAUAGCUUUAGUAGUAUAGCUAUGCAACUAAAGCGUCACUUACCGACCGAGCGAGGUUCAGUUUCAUGCUAUGUUAUCGACAUCAGAUAAUUACCAUCAGUCGGUAAGUGCUUUGCUAUACUACUGUCAUAUAUUGAUGAUUUAUUUUAUUUAUUAUUGUCUUCUAUCCUCACUUGAACAAAUAGAACAGUAGUUGUUACAACAAUAUAUUUUCUACCUCGGUAUUUAGUUCCAAAUAUUCGAAAAUCUAGCGAAAUUUAUUCGAAUUCCGAUUUAACAAAAUGUUUAAAAAUUUCAGAAUUGUAGUAAAGUGACGUUGUAAAAAUAAUGUCAUCGUAAAAAGAAUGUCGCUUCUUCCAAGCGUUUUUUUUAGGAACGAACAAACUCACUUCAUUCUUGUGCCUUCAUCACCAUAAUCUUAAGCGUUGGAGAUAUUUCCGUGUAUUGAAUCCGGUUUUAAUAAAUCAUUUUUCAUGAAUAUUUGACA